AUGUCGUUAGGUGUCAAUCGUCGCUCCCAGCCAGCGUAUAUCGCUUCAAUCUUCGAGGUCCAUGCUCAAGUUCCUGCCACUGUGAACGCCGCGUAUGGUUUCCAAUCCGUAACUUCUGGCCUGAACUGUGCAGGUAUCGACGGCAAUGCCCCUCUAGAGCACGAUCUCUUAAUCACUUACUACGCGGCACAAGGUGUAGGUUUAGCUGUCGGCAACAUGCAUUACACCUCUGGCAAAUUCUUGCCGUUGAACGGCGACGCCGUGCCUCGCUUAGUCACCGAACUCAGCCAUCACAUCCCUGCCGGCGACGCGGACACUUUUUCUGGCUGUUUGACUAACAAUGUUGCUCUCAACUCCAUCGGAAUCGUUGUCAGCAAGCGAGUCCUGCACAAGGAGGCACACGAGGGUAAACCGACCUGUGUUUUUCUAAUGCGACACACAGAUUACAAUCCCAUGACUGGGAAACUCUGCGAAUUCUUAUUGGAGUAUUGGUGUCGUCCCGUACGCAACCUGGCGAAAGCUCUCAACAUAAUACAGUUGGGCAAAGAGAUGAGCAUUCACGGUUAUAUCGCUGGCAAGAACAUCCAAUCCGAGGUAAUUGGUGGUAAAGAGGUGUAUUCACUUUCCGUUGCCACCGGCCACGAGAGCAUCAGGGCAGGUGCCACUCUCACCACUCCGACUGCUACUCGAUUGACCAAAGGUGGGAGGGUGCGACUCCAACGCCCUCCAACUCUGAUUGCCCCCGGCAUCUCAACUGUGAUGUCUAAGCCGACUGCCGAAGACCAGGCUGCGCUAGCGUCUUACUUACAUCAGGUGUCCACACCAGCUGGUGAUGAGAAUGUCAACAUACUGGCGGAUGCCAACGCAGCAGGUCCAAUCAAUCCACAACCCAACGCUCAACGAACCAAGCGCGUAAACAAAUUGGUGUUCGGUGAUCUACUUAUUGCUUGUCCCACUUGGCCUACGCUCGCUAAGCACGUUGAUCCCAUUGCCACCUGGGUUCACCUUUGUAGCGAUCCCAUACCCCCUGCAUUACCCAGGAUUUUAAUUGCAAACGCCAUCUCAGGCCUUGAAUACACAGCUGCCAAGCGCCGGCUUGAGUGGCCAGUUAUUGAUUCAGUCGCUGAUUGUAUCUUGGGCAGCCGCGAUUUUUGGUCACGCCCAUGA